AGUUUAAACACGAAACACACUCUGGUGCGGGAUUUGGCAAAAUACGCUUGUUUUUCUGCGUAUUAGAGUUGUCUGUUACGGGCCAUGUUUGACCAACCCCCCGAGAACGAACUGCAGAAGUCGCAUGACCAUAGUACGGACGCCUUGAGCGAGCACCAACUGCGCGUCCGGGCAUCGCUUCAGCGGCUCAAUAUACCAGAUUGGUUCCGUGAUUACAAUAAAGAGAUCCGAAAGUUACCAGAUGUCGGCAAUGCCGCCACAAACUCAAUAUCCGGUGGACUUCAACUUGGCAAUUUUACCCGCAAGGGCACACAGGAGUCAGGACGUUGGCUGGGGCUCAACUCAAAGACUACCUCUCUCAGCUCGCUGGGAUCGGAUCGAAGUCCCCUCCUAAUGAGUCCCUCGGCGCAUAGUCAUCACGGCGGUCAUAACACCUAUCCCUGCGGCCCGACCGCGUGGCAUGGCUCAGCUACUGGACAGACGGGCGUGAGUGCCACGCGCUGGUCCACCUCGCACCUCAGCUCCACUCAGACGUCACCAAGUGUCUCGCAGCGCGGAAACUUUGCACGCGGAGCCUAUAUUAAUAGCAGCUUCAUGUCCGUAGCUAUCACAAGCGGCGGUUUGCGUAAUUCAUACCGGCAGCCGUACCUGGGGUGGCGCAGUACCGAGAAACUAGCCCAUUGGACGCCCCAUGAACGUCUGGCCAACUCGCUGCUGACCCAUCGGACAAAGCCAUCACCUAUUUAUGCACCCAGUGAAAAAAAAAUCGUUCAAUCUGUAACACCAGAGAUUCAAAGCUCAAUUAAGGAAGUCACAUCCGCAAUCGUUCACUACGUAAAUAACCAGCAUCAGAUCCAACAAUCACGCAGCCGCUCAGCCAGUCCGAAUUUGAGGUAUGAAACAGAUUCUAGACGUUGUAAGAGGACAAGAAAAAUAAAUAGAUAGACACCCACAAUUUCU